AUGGCUUCGAACACCCUUGCUGAUGUUGGAGAUGAUGCACCUAAUUACCAAUUACGUGGUAUUGAACAAGUAUCUCCAAACACUGGAACAAAGAGAUAUAUUCCAGAUUCACCCUCUUCGUUGACGCCAGCAGAGGGAAUGUUAUUCGACACAGAGGGUCAAAAAGACUUUCGACCGGUCGAUACCUUAGUUGAACAGCCGUCUGAUAGGUGGGUACGUAGGGUACCAUCCAAAAGGACCGGAUGCCAAGCUGCGAUCAGAAUAAAGCUUACCGAUGCUAAGAAGUAUUUGCUGUAUCAUUUUAUAGAGGCGUACAACCAUGAUUUUGUGCAUCAAGAAGAUUUACAUCUUCUCAAGGAAAACAGGGGUAUUAAUCGUGCUCACGAAGAGAUGAUAAACAAGAUGUCACAUCUCAACAUUGGUCCUGUUCGUGCAUUUAACAUUAUGAAGGAAGUGUAUGGUGGGUUCGACAAAGUCGGUGCGACCAAAGUCGAUUUUAGAAAUUUCAAGAAAGAAUUAAAUCUUUUUAUCGGAGAGUUUGAUGCGGAAAUGUUUGUCAAGCGACUGAUGAGGAAAAAGGAGUUUUUACCGAACUUCUCUUGUGAAUAUGAAAUGACAGACGAAGGUGUGUUGAAGUGCAUUUUUUGGGCCGACGAGGAUAUGAAGAGAAAUUAUUAUAUGUUUGGGGACGUUAUAUCAUUUGAUGCUACCUACAAGCGUAACAAGUAUAACAUGAUGUUUGUCCCUUUUACUGGGAUUGAUAAUCAUAAUAGGAACGUGACACUUGGUGCUGCAAUUCUCGGUUCUGAAACGGCAGAGACGUAUAGCUGGUUACUUAGGGCGAUCAAGAACGCAUAUGGGUACGCGCCUCCCGUAAUCGUUACUGACCAGGACCCUGUGAUGAAAAAGGCUAUAGCGGAUGUUUGGCCUGAGUCGAGGCAUCGGUUAUGUAUGUGGCAUAUCAUGGAUAAACUCACUACAAAGGUCGGGGCUGCCCUAUGUUCAAAUACAGAUUUCAAGAAAAGAUUGUCUGCAGUUGUUUGGACUGAUUCUCUAUUGCCCGAAGCAUUUGAGGCUGAACGGGCAGCUAUUAUUCAUGAUUUCGGUUUAACCGACCAUGAAUGGCUGACGUAUAUAUACGGGCUACGUGAAUCAUGGAUUCCAGCUUACUAUCGCGAAGAAGAAAUGUCUGGUCUUAUGCGGACAUCAUCUAGCGCAAAGGCACGAGCAUCGGAAAAACGAUCAUGA